AUGCUGUUCCUCCUUUCUCCACCACUCCGGUGGGGGGGGGGGAGGUGUGUAGGUGUGAAUGUACACAUACAUUGCCAAUCAUGGAGGUCAGCAUGGAUUCAGCUGACAACAUGGCUGCGGCCGCUUCUGCUGCCCAAGACGAGCUGAAUCAACUUGAGCGUGUAUUCUUGCGUCUUGGCCAUGCAGAAACAGAUGAGCAAUUACAGAAUAUUAUAUCCAAAUUCCUUCCCCCUGUUCUUUUAAAGCUUUCCAGCACACAAGAAGGAGUACGUAAAAAGGUUAUGGAAUUGCUAGUUCACCUGAACAAACGAAUCAAAAGUCGUCCAAAAAUCCAACUUCCAGUGGAGACUUUAUUAGUCCAAUAUCAAGAUCCUUCUGCAGUCUCCUUUGUUACAAAUUUUACAAUAAUAUAUGUUAAGAUGGGUUACCCUCGUUUGCCUGUGGAAAAGCAAUGUGAACUGGCACCCACUCUCCUUACUGCAAUGGAAGGAAAACCUCAACCCCAACAAGACAGCCUAAUGCAUCUUCUAAUACCAACACUUUUUAACAUGAAAUAUCCUGCUGAACCUCUGAAAGCAGCUUCUCCAUUUAAUCUUGCUGAAAAACCAAAGACUGUACAACUGCUAUUGGAUUUUAUGUUGGAUGUUCUCCUUAUGCCUUAUGGAUAUGUAUUAAAUGAAUCCCAGAGUCGCCAAGCUGUUCCAGGGGGACAGGGUUCCUCUUCAUCAAGUAGUUCUGGAGGAUCUGGGAUCCCCCAGCCUCCUCCGGGAAUGAGCUUUUAUGCAGCUAAGCGGGUUAUUGGAGACAGUCCAUGGACACCUGAGCAGCUGGAACAGUGUAAAUUGGGUAUAGUAAAGUUCAUUGAAGCUGAGCAGGUGCCUGAACUUGAAGCUGUCAUACAUUUGGUUAUUGCCUCUAGUGAUACACGGCACAGUGUAGCCACUGCAGCAGAUCUUGAACUCAAAAGCAAGCAAAGUUUAAUUGACUGGAAUAACCCAGCCAUCAUCAACAAGCUGUACAAAGUAUACCUUGGGGAUAUACCACUAAAAACUAAGGAGGGAGCUGUUCUGAAACCAGAACUGAAACGUGAUCCUGUCAGUACUCGGGUGAAGUUAAAGAUUGUCCCUCAUCUUUUGCGUUCCAGGCAAGCUGCAGAAACAUUUCCUGCAAAUAUUCAGGUUGUCUAUGAUGGGCUUUUUGGUGCAAAUGCCAAUGCUAAACUGAGAACUCUGUCUCUUCAGUUUGUGCAUCAUAUUUGUGUGAUUUGCCCUGACAGCAAGAUAAAGCCAUUAGGCCCAAUGCUUUUGAAUGGACUGACAAAACUAAUAAAUGAAUAUAAAGAGGAUCCCAAACUGCUUUCAAUGGCCUAUUCUGCUGUUGGAAAACUUUCCAGCCGAAUACCUCAAUUGUUUACCAAGGAUCUUGCACUGGUCCAACAAUUUUUUGAAGCUCUUUCUAAGGAAGAACCUGAUACCAGACUAGCUAUUCAGGAAGCUCUGUCCAUGAUGGUUGGUGCAUACACCAGUUUAGAAGGAGCACCUCGUACUCUUAUGGAGGCACUUGUAGCCUCUAACCUAAUCAAGCCUCAAGUCCAAGUACGCCAAGUAGCUGUAAAAUUUGCCAGCACAGUGUUUCCUUCUGAUCAUAUUCCUUCAAGAUACUUGCUUCUUUUAGCUGCAGGAGAUCCGCGGGAAGAGGUGCACGGAGAAGCACAACGUGCUCUAAGAACAUUUCCUGGUAAAAAUGAAAAGGAAAGUGCUGAUAAACAGAUGCCUUCAUUUCCAGAAAUGGUCCAGUAUAUUCAAGAAAAGGCCUCUCACCGAAUGAAAACUCCUGCUAAAUACAUGACUGGAACAACAGUAAUGCCUUUCAACCCAGCUACUUUUGGAGAGAUAGUGCUGUAUCUCCGGAUGUGUCUUGCUCACAGUGCUGGUGUGGUGCCUACUUCUCAGAGCUUAGCUGAUAUGCAAGAUCAUGCUCCAGCCAUUGGCCGUUAUAUAAGAAACCUCCUCUCUGGAAAUAUUAUAACAUCCUCAUCCUCAAAGGGAGGUGAAAGCAAUCCUGUACAGAUUUAUAUAAGUCUCCUUCAGCAGUUGCUCUCUGGUGUUGGAGCGACACCGGAAGUGGCAUCACUUCCAGUCUCGCGAGAUUUUGGCAGCUGCGCCACUCAUUCUUCCAUCUUCCCUGCUUUUGGGUUCUGCGUGGGUUUGCCAGUCAUGUACUGUUUGCUGGAAGUUGUUUCAGUCUAUCCUGAAAAGCUAGCUGCAAGAUUUAUAGACAAGAUGGAUUGGAUAAAGAACCUUAUGAAUACUAAUAAAGAAGAAAUGCGGGAAUUAGCUGCUCUAUUUUAUUCAGUUGUACUUUCCACAGUGUCAGAAAAUGAAUUCAAAACAUCUGUUCAGCACCUGAUAAAAACAGCAAAGGAUAAUCAUAAUCUGGAAAUGCAACAUGGAUCAUUACUGGCUCUGGGAUUCACAGUAGGACGGUAUUUGUCAAAAAGAAAAAUGAAAACAGUAGAACUGCAUGGUAUAGAAGACCCAAAUACCAUUGUAGCACCAGAACAAGACCAGCUGAUAAAAUCAACAACAGAAACUAUAGGUUCCUUUUUGGAUAGUACAUCGCCACUUCUAGCCAUAGCUGCAUGUACAGCCCUGGGAGAAAUUGGCAGGAAUGCGCCUUUGCCCAUCCCCAACGAAGGCAGUGGAUUUACAAAACUCCAUCUUAUUGAAAGUUUACUGGCCAGAAUUCCGUCUGGCAAAGAAAGCAAUAAGAUGAAAGAAAGAGCUAUUCAAACACUGGGUUACUUUCCAGUAGGCGAUGGAGAUUUUCCUCAUCAGAAGCUACUCUUGCAAGGAUUAAUGGAUUCAGUAGAGGCUAAGCAAAUUGAAUUACAGUUUACAGUUGGUGAAGCUAUUACCAGUGCUGCAAUAGGGACCAGUUCUGUAGCUGCCCGUGAUGCAUGGAUAGUAGCUGAAGAAGAGUAUACUGCUCCUCUUGAUAUGAAGAUUAAUGAUGUGGUUCCCUGGGUCCUGGAUGUCAUUUUGAAUAAGCAUAUCAUAAGUCCCAACCCUCACAUAAGACAAGCAUCCUGUAUUUGGCUUUUAUCACUGGUGAGGAAGCUGAGUGCCCACAAAGAAAUUAAGUCACAUCUCAAGGACAUUCAAACUGCAUUUGUAUCUAUUUUGUCUGACAGUGAUGAACUCAGUCAAGAUGUGGCUUCCAAAGGUCUUGGCUUGGUGUAUGAGCUUGGAAAUGAACAAGAUCAACAGGAACUAGUUACUACACUUGUUGAAACGCUUAUGACUGGGAAAAGAGUGAAGCAUGAAGUCUCUGGGGAAACUGUGAUGUUCCAAGGCUCAGGUCUUGGCAAAACUCCAGAUGGCCAGGGUCUUUCUACUUACCAGGAGCUUUGUUCACUUGCAAGUGACCUCAACCAGCCAGAUUUGGUGUAUAAAUUCAUGAAUUUGGCCAAUCAUCAUGCAAUGUGGAAUUCUCGGAAGGGAGCAGCUUUUGGUUUUAAUGUGAUUGCUACCAAAGCUGGAGAACAGCUGGCUCCUUUUCUUCCUCAAUUGCUUCCUCGUCUCUAUCGAUACCAGUUUGAUCCCAAUCUUGGGAUUCGACAGGCUAUGACUAGCAUUUGGAAUGCACUUGUUACAGACAAAUCCGCUGUGGACAAAUACAUGAAAGAAAUUCUUGAUGAUUUAAUAAGCAACCUGACUAGCAAUAUGUGGCGAAUUCGAGAGUCGAGCUGUUUAGCACUGAAUGACUUGCUAAGAGGAAGACCUUUGGAUGACAUUAUUCAUCAACUUCCAGAGAUAUGGGAAACACUCUUUAGAGUGCAAGAUGAUAUCAAGGAAUCUGUACGAAAGGCGGCUGAGUUAGCCCUGAAAACACUAAGUAAGGUGUGUGUGAAGAUGUGCGAUCCAUCUAAAGGAAUUGCAGGCCAGAAAACCAUAGCUGUACUUUUGCCAUGUCUUCUUGAUAAAGGAAUGAUGAAUUCGGUAACUGAAGUGCGGACUCUGAGCAUUAACACUUUGGUCAAGAUUAGUAAAAGUGCUGGGGCCAUGCUGAAACCACAUGCACCAAAACUCAUCCCAGCUUUGUUGGAAUCCCUGAGUGUUUUGGAGCCUCAGGUCCUUAACUACUUGAGUCUGCGUGCUACAGAGCAAGAAAAGGCUGCAAUGGAUACUGCAAGACUCAGUGCUGCUAAGUCCUCCCCAAUGAUGGAAACUAUAAAUAUGUGCUUGCAAUAUUUAGAUGUGUCUGUUUUGGGAGAGCUGAUUCCCAGGCUCUGUGAACUGACUAGAAGUGGAAUCGGCAUUGGCACUAAGGGUGGUUGUGCUAGUGUAAUUGUGUCACUAACCACUCAGUGCCCCCAAGAUUUGACACCAUAUGCUGGUAAACUCAUGAGUGCUUUACUUAGUGGCCUAACUGAUCGCAAUAGUGUGGUGCAGAAGAGCUUUGCAUUUGCCUUGGGACAUUUAGUUAGAACUUCAAGAGACAGCAGCACUGACAAGUUACUCCAGAAGCUCAACAGUUGGUACAUGGAGAAGGAAGAACCAGUCUAUAAAAUGGCAUGUGCUUUAACGAUGCAUGCUAUUGGACGCUACAGCCCAGAUGUACUGAAGAAUCAAGCCAAGUGCGUUUUGCCUCUGGCUUUUUUGGGCAUGCAUGAAAUUCCUGAAGAAGACAAAGCAGAGAAGGAGGAAGGCAACCUGUGGACUGAAGUAUGGCAGGAAAACGUACCUGGUACCUAUGGUGGCUUAAGGCUCUAUAUGGAGGAAUUGAUUGCAGUUACUCAGAAAGCUUUGCAGUCUCCAUCUUGGAAGAUGAAAGCACAAGGAGCGGCGGCCAUGGCAUCCAUCGCAAAGCAGACUGGCGUUCUGGUGCCUCCACACUUAGGCAUGGUGCUCGCGGCUCUGUUGCAAGGUCUGCCUGGAAGAACAUGGGCUGGAAAGGAAGAGCUAUUAAAAGCAAUUGCCAGUGUCGUCUGUUCAUGCAGUGUGGAACUGCGCAAACCUUUGCCCAACCAGCCCAGUGUUGAUGAUGUCGUACAGGCAAUGCUGAAAGAAUGCCGUAAAGAAAACCUACGGUACAAGAUUGUAGCGCUCCGAUGUACGGCUGAUGUGCUUAAGGCUACACAGGAAAAUAGGUUCCAGGAACUGACAGACAUAAACUUUCCAGUAAUAAAGAAGAAUUAUCCUGGGAAUGUAGGAACAAAUUCGUCACAGGACUAUGAUGAGGAUGAGAACGAAAAUGAGAAAGAACUGCAAGUUGAAGCCCUCCUCUGUGCCUUUGAAAGCUUAGGCAAAGCCUGGCCUAAAAACUCAGAAACACAGUGCUGCUAUCGACAAGAGCUGUGCAGAUUAAUGUGUGAGCGUCUAAGACUUGGUACAUGGAAAGUACAGCUCGGCGUUCUCCAAGCCAUGAAGGCUUUUUUCCAAGGGUUAUUAUUGUUUGAAGCAGAACACUCUGACCCUGAGGCUUUGGGAAGAAUAUUGUUGGAAACCUGUUCCUCCAUCACUCACUCACUAGAGAAUAAAAGUUACACUUCCAUAAGAACUGAAGCUUUAUCAGUAAUAGAGGUGCUGCUCACUAAACUUGAAGAAUCCAAACAGUGGGAAAGCCUGAGCACUGAAAGUAGAGAAGUCCUCAUUGGCUCUUUAACAGCAUUGACUUUGGACAGUAGGCCUGAACUACAAGAAAAAGCAUCUUUAUUAAAGAAAACUUUAGAAAAUCUUGAUUGAAUUGGAUACCAAUCAAGUGUCAUGUAAAACAAAGCAAGCAAGCAAAAAAAAAAAAAAAAAAGUGCAAUGAGUUCCGAAUUACAUAGAGGAAAAGUAAAGAUGAUUUUUGUAGCAUGCAUAAAUUCCCUGGCUGAAAUAAAGAACACCUUGAUUCUCUUCCCCAUUA